AUUUAACAUGUUUGACACUUCUUGUAACUUAUUUAAUUUUGUUGCCAUUGGUUUCCUUAUCUUGUUUUAAGUUGGGUUGUGUAUUAAAUAGUAACGAACUGGGUUUUAAAUGUCGAAUGGCGACUCUUGGCGUUAGGAGGCUCGACACUCGCCACACGCCAUGGCUUUUUAUGGCGAUCGCCAUGUGUAUCCAAAAGCCAAAUUACAGUCAGCUUCUACCCCUAAAGAAUAUAUUUCAGAAACCAAAACACCUUAUUCAUUGAUAAAAUAAAUGUAGAAAACAUAAAACACCAAAUGAAAACACAUAUUCAAAGCAUAAUACCAAAGCAAAACACCAAUUCAAAGCAAAACCCGAAAUCUAAAACAAAACAAGAUAACAAAAAAAUGAUAUACGUAAUGAACAUUAACUUAAAAUCCUAUGAACCCUAUGUCAAAGAGAGAUUUGCAUAAAUAAAGAAGAGUUACUGCCGGUGUAUCUAGCAGAGAAAGCAAGAACUUAAGAAAAACGAUAGGGUCAUGUUACUAUUCUAUAGUACUAUUGUUGAAGUAAUUAGGGUUUUAGAUGGAUUAGGGCUUUCUGUUUAGUAUAUUUAGAGUAUAGUACUAUUUUACUUAACCAUUGUGGAUUUAGAAACCAAAAUUCUGUUAAACCAACUUGGUUUGUUUCUCAACAACGAAGCGACGCUAUGGUCGACACCCAGUAAAUAAGAAAAGCGAGCAAAGGCGGUCGACAUGUGUACCUCGCAUGGCCAUGAGGGGUUCUGGCGUUUUGGAGAUCGCCACAGGUCGCCACUCGCCAUGGCGUUCAAAGCGGUCGCCAUUUAAAACCAAGCUCUAACGUGGGAGCUCGAGGAAAUGCUACCGCCUGUGGAGAAGUGUAUAUUCAAGUUCAGUUCAAAAGAAGACCUGAAGAGAUGGCACCUGUAUUCUGAUUCUGAGUAUGGAGGAUUGUCUUCGGCUUCAUUGGAGAUUAAAGAUGGAGGAAAUGGAUCAGAUUGCACUGGUGUUUUCUCGGGGAGCCUCUUUACGGAGAUUAGCGAAGGUUCAAAAUUGAGUAUUAACCGGAGUGGUUUCUGUGGAAUGCGCUCAAAGAAGUUUGAUGGGUUUAUUGAUCUCGACGGGUAUGAUUCAAUAGCCAUGAGGCUUAAAGGAGAUGGAAGAUGCUACAUCUCUACUAUAUAUACUGAGAAUUGGGUAAACUCGCCAGGACAAGCAGAAGAUAACUCAUGGCAAGCUUUUGUAUUUGCUCCAAAGGGAAACUGGUAUACAGCUAAGGUUCCUCUAACUCGCUACUUGCCAACAUGGAAAGGAAACGUGAUAGAUGCAGACAUGGAGAUGAAUCCAGGCCGUGUUGUGGGUAUGUCUCUGUCAGUUAACUCACAAGGAGGUGGUUUUAUUGGAGCUAAGUUAGGCGCAGGCGAUUUCAGAGUCGAAAUUGACUGGAUCAAAGCAUUGAGAAUGCCAUGAUGAAUGAUGCCGACAAAAAGAAACUGAAGUUCUCUGGUUUGGUUUACUAUUAAACCCGGGAUUUGGGUUAACCGGAUCGAAUUUGGUGGACAAAAGGAAAACGUUUGUGAAAUGACAACACUUACAAGUUACAGCAAGUUGUCUUGGCUUUAGUAGAACAUAAAAGUCAAUGAAUAAAAUUACAUGGGCCAUUUUAAGCAAGUUGCUCAAUUUGAUCAAAACUGAGACAGUUACACAAAGAGACACAUUGUAUGUUUGUUUCUCGGUGGAAGACACAAUGUGAGUUUGGCACACAUUCCUUUCACUUUAUCCCGCCAGCUGUCUUUUAUUGCCCAGAACUACCCUUGGUUGUUGUAAAGAGAGUGUUAGCUUUUUAGAAGUCUUGUUUCUUUCUUUGUAACUAUAUUACGGUUCAGUUGUAAUAAAUGUAAAGGUAUAUUGGAUACAGCUAAUGGGUUUUAUGUUGGAUGGUGCAGUCAUGGAUGGAAGAUAUGUGAACGUGUGGACGAAGCUUUGUGGACGAGAUUUUUAAUCUUACAAGAGUUUUGUAGACUAGAUUUCGUGGACGAAGUCUUGUGGAUGGUUUUAGUGGAUUAUAAGUUCAUCAUUUUCAUAAAAAGAUGAUCAAACUUUUCUUUCAUAUAUAGUAAAUUUACCAUCAAAAAGACAAUAACUAAUUUCAAAUGGACCAAAAAAUUGUAACUAAAGGUUUUUUAACAGAGUUCCAUGGAUGAGAUUGUGUGAAUGAGGUUUGUGAUGUCUUAUGUUCAAGGGUUUGUGGAUGAAGAUCUUAUGGAUGAGGUCUCAUGUUCAAGGUUUUGUGGAUGAAGAUUCGGCAGCCAUCUCCACCAACCACUACCAUUGUAUCCAUACUCACGUCUUCCACCAUCGCCUCCACAACCACCACCGCCUCCACUGUGGUAUCCACCGCUUCUUCCACCACGCCCUCCACCGCUACCGCCAUCGUUUCCACGGGACUGAGCCUCGAGAAUCUAUCAGUUGCGAAGAGCCUCAUGGGAAGACGGUGGUCUACGGCGUCCUCUGCAGGAUCUGAAAAAAGGAAAAAUCAUUAACGGUGGCUGUCGGUGGUAUAAAAAGCACACAAGUUCUUGUGGACGGACGAUUGUGGAUGGAUUAUGAAUACAUGUUCAAUCUUCAUCUUCCCUCCCACAUAUUGAGAAAUAAAGAUUCAAGAGACUAUUCAAUUCAAAAAAAAUUAGUAUAUAUUGUCUCCAUCUUUAAAUAAUUUUACAGUUAGUUAAGCUGGAAACAACAAAAAAUGUCAAAACAUUACGUAAUCUGAUAGUAACCACGUGGACAAGCUCUUGUGGAUGGAUACUUAUGGACGGAUCAUGUAUACAUGUUUGUGAGUACGAGGUUUGAAUUGCAUGGCUUCUUUAUAAAAAUGUUAACACAAUUCUCUUGACCACAAGUAUCUUGUCCAUAACUAUCUUAUCCACAAUGCUCUCUUCUAUAACACAAUUUUCUUAACCACAAUUCUCUUGACCACAAUUUUCUUAACCACGAUUCUCUUGACAACAUCAACACAACCACUGAAAACGAGAUCCUCAUCCACAACUCUUCCGACCACAUCAAACAAUAUCCACACACACAUUGACCAAGAGAGCCACCGAUCCUCAUCCACAACUCUUCCGACCACAUCAAACAAUAUCCACGCACACAUUGACCAAGAGAGCUAUUGUCACCUUCAUAACUAUCACGUCUCCACCGCCUCCUCCAUAACCACCACUGCCUCCACUAUGGUAUCCACUCCCAUCUCACUACGGUGUCCACCACCGCUUCCAUGGAACUAAGCGCCGCCGUUUAUAGCUACCACCACCUUGUUCAUAGCCACCAUCGCUUCCAUAGACGGUAGAGAAGACCAAUAGAUGUAUGCUUGAGAAUAGAGAUGGAGAAGAUGUUGGCAUGGAAAAAGGGGGUUAGGGAGAAUUUUGGAUCGAGAAGAUUAUGGUUCGUUUCCAGAAUUCGAUUUCCAAAUCGAGAAAAUGUCGAGAGGUAAAGGAGUUAGGAUUACUUUUCUGAAUUUGGGAAUCUGGAAAAAUAAGAUUUUUGUUUAAAAAAAAAACAAAUAGAGUUUAUUUUAUUCUUUAGAAAGGCUAACUAAAGAAAGAAUAAAGAAACUAUCUUAUUGUCUUACUUAAAGGUUAUGUUAGUCAAUUUGCUAUGAGAAAGUGUGUCAUAUAUACAAUGUGUCUUUUAGAGAAAAUGGAAACUGAACUUGUGUCUCCCAGCGUAAUUAUUUGAUGCAGUUACACAAAGAGACACAUUGUGUGUUUGUUUCUCGGUGGAAGACACAAUGUGAGUUUGGCACACAUUCCUUUCACUUUAUCCCGCCAGCUGUCUUUUAUUGCCCAGAACUACCCUUGGUUGUUGUAAAGAGAGUGUUAGCUUUUUAGAAGUCUUGUUUCUUUCUUUGUAACUAUAUUACGGUUCAGUUGUAAUAAAUGUAAAGGUAUAUUGGAUACAGCUAAUGGGUUUUAUGUUGGAUGGUGCAGUCA